AUGUUUCGUCUACUACAAACCAUAACCUUUGCCGCUAUCCUCAGCAUUGCAACCGCCGAUGUCUUUAUAACUACAUUUACAUCAACAGACUGUACAACUGGUGCUUUGGAUUUUAUGAUUCAAAGCGGUUCAGGAGUUGUGCAAACACAGCCUUUCCAAUCCUUCCGUACCAGGGAUAUAACAGGCAACGACAUUGUGACAGUCUGCGCCCAAGGAUUCAGUUGCGCUCAGGCUAACCUAAAUGCAGCCCCUGGUCUACAAGGAUGCGUAAAGGCACCUAGUGGAAGCUUUGAUAAGCUUGAUGAUGAGAGAGGACAAUAA